UAUCGCGUAUCGUCGGAGCAUUAUUAUCUUCAUUCAGAAGGUGUUGCAAAGUUUUAAUAAAGUUUACGGAUAAUUUUAUCUCAUUUACAAAUAAUGCUUUCGUGGCACCAAGGUUUUAGCACAGACUAACAAAUCAUGGGGUUUCUUGAGGACACAAUCAUCAUUCUGGUGUCACAGAUCGUGUUUUUCAUCGGAGGAUGGAUUUUCUUCGUCAAGCAAUUGUUUCGAAAUUACGAGAUCCGACAUGUGUUCGUGCAGUUGGUUUUUUCCACCACAUUUGCUCUAUCGCUGACUAUGUUCGAAUUGAUCAUAUUCGAGAUUAUCGGAUUUCUGGAUUCUAGCUCCCGAUACUUUCACUGGCGGCUAGGAUUGACACUGUUGCUAUUCAUGGUAAUUGCACUGAUACCUUAUCACAUAGUGUAUUCCUGUAUAAACAAUAUUCGGAUUGUGCCUCAGAAAUGGGUUCAACCUCUAUCAACAUUGUUUUGGUUCUGCUACCUUUACAUAUUCUGGCGAAUAGGGGAUCCUUUCCCAUUGCUCAGUGUGAACAAAGGGAUUUUUUCCAUAGAACAAGCGGUUUCUAGGAUUGGUGUUGUUGGUGUUACCGUUAUGGCUGUUCUGUCCGGCUUUGGUGCAGUCAAUUAUCCAUAUACCAGUAUGUCCUAUUUCAUUAGGCCAGUGUCGCAGAGCGAUGUAACAAACAUCGAGCGACGUCUAAUGCAAACAAUGGAUAUGAUAUUAGUGAAGAAAAAAAGAAUUGCAUUGGACAAAAGGCGAGCGAAACCUAAUGCUAAACCCGGAAUAUGGGGCAUGAUUAGCAGCGUAACGCAGAGACCGCCUGGAGCGGAAAAUAUUGGACAGCUGAGAUUAGAAAUAUCGGCGCUGGAGGAACUAUCUAGGCAACUAUUUCUUGAAGCUCAUUCGCUAAAAAAUAUGCAAGAGCGCGAACGAUGGGCUGCCACUCUGCAAGGAAAAUAUUUUAACGUUUUAGGGCAUUUCUUCAGUUUGUACUGUUUGUGGAAGAUAUUUAUAUGCACCAUCAAUAUUAUCUUUGAUCGCGUUGGUAAAAAGGAUCCUGUUACACGUGGAAUCGAAAUUGCUGUUCAUUGGUGUGGUUUUGAGAUGGACAUAGCCUUUUGGAGUCAGCAUGUAUCUUUUAUGUUAGUUGGUUGUAUCGUUGUCACAUCUAUCCGUGGCCUGCUACUAACGCUAACCAAGUUCUUUUAUAAAAUAUCCUCGAGCAAAUCCUCCAAUAUUAUUGUGUUGGUGCUAGCUCAAAUUAUGGGCAUGUACUUCUGCUCAUCUGUGCUGCUGAUGCGAAUGAACAUGCCUGCCGAAUAUAGGGUGAUAAUAACUGAGGUACUCGGGGGUUUACACUUCAACUUUUACCACCGUUGGUUUGAUGUGAUUUUCCUGGUGAGCGCACUGACAACGAUAGUUAUACUCUAUCUGCUCCACAAACCGCCUAAUGUGGAUACCAGCAUGUAACAGGUACGAUUAGCAUUUUCAUAACAAAGCCUCAGUUAAUUGUAAAGCAAACAAUCAAACGGACAAAGUGAAUGGGAUCAAACCGGCGAGUGUAAGUCUAUAAUCUAGUUGAUCGACAUUUAGGAGCUAGGAUAACGAAAAAAUUCCAUAUAGUUUAACUAUCGUUGCCGUUGUUUAAUUGGCCCAACAACUAACACAACUAGUAAUCAAAAGCAAUCUCUCUUUUCCGCGCGAGUGACGUAAUGCCAAAAAAUGUUCGAAAGUUCGACUGUAUGUGUUGUUGAAUAAAAAGUAGACACAACGGAAUGUACAUAAUCCUUUUAGCACUAUUAACAAUGCUGUAUGAAUGCUAGAUCAGUAUGCUAAAUAUACGUGUAUAACUAUGCGAC